CGCGCAACGUAAAGAGCGCAACUUUAUUAAAGGCGUCCGACAUUUCCCAACCGUUUAGUUCUCAUUUGAAUUUCGCUUUACUUGAUAAGUGAGUGACCACUUUAUACCAACUUAAAAAGUGCAACAAACCUUCAAAGAUGGGAUUAAAAAGGAAUUUACAAGCUCAGUCUACCAUUCGGGAGCAAUGCAGAGAAUUGGUUUACACAGAUGCCCAAUGCAAGGAGAUCAUGCAGAAGCUAUUGGAAAAUUUGAACAGAGGUCUCGGGACGCAAACACAUAACAGUGCCAUUGUGAAGUGUUUCGUCACGUACGUUCAAGAUUUGCCAAAUGGAACAGAAAAAGGAAAAUUUUUGGCACUAGAUUUGGGCGGAACCAAUUUUAGAGUGUUAUUAAUUGAAUUAAGUGAAAGCCACUUCGAAAUGCGUUCCAAAAUUUUCGCAAUUCCGCAACAUAUUAUGUUGGGAUCUGGAGAGCAACUUUUUGAUCACAUAGCUGAUUGUAUGGCCAAAUUCAUGAAGGAAGAGAAAGUUAUGGAUGAAACAUUGCCAUUAGGUUUUACAUUCAGUUUUCCACUCACUCAAUUGGGACUCACAAAAGGACGGUUGGAACGUUGGACAAAGGGAUUUAACUGCUCGGGCGUGGUGGGGAAUGAUGUAGUAAAGUUGCUAGAAGAUGCCAUUAACAGACGUGGGGAUAUUAAGAUAGACAUUACCGCCGUGUUGAACGAUACUACUGGAACCCUCAUGUCGUGCGCAUGGAAGAAUCAUAACUGCAAAAUUGGACUUAUUGUUGGAACUGGUAGUAAUGCAUGCUAUGUUGAAAAACAAAAAAAUUGCGAACUCUUUGAUGACCAGAACAAUGGCUCUGGAGAAGUGCUUGUCAAUACAGAGUGGGGCGCAUUUGGUGACGAUGGUGCAUUAGAUUUUGCUCGAAGUGAGUACGAUCGUUCCGUUGAUAAAUUCUCCAUAAAUCCAGGCAAGCAGUUACACGAAAAAAUGAUUUCCGGCAUGUAUAUGGGCGAACUAGUGCGUUUAGCAUUGGAGAGGUUUACUAAGGAGGGACUUUUGUUUGGAGGAAAAGGAUCUGAACUUCUAUUCACUAGAGGGCGGUUCUAUACGAAAUAUGUAUCGGAAAUAGAGUCCGAUCCACCAGGUAGCUAUGCCAAUUGUAAGGAAAUUUUAGAAGAACUUCACAUUAAACAUGCCACAGAACAAGAUUUUGUCAAUGUACGAUAUGUAUGUGAAUGUAUAUCAAAACGAGCUGCUCAUCUAGUUUCGUGUGGUAUUGCGACACUUUUAAACAAAAUGAAUGAACCACGUGUCACAGUCGGAAUUGAUGGUUCAGUAUACAGGUACCAUCCACAUUUCCACAAUCUUAUGAUGGAAAAAAUUUCGGAAUUAGUUAAUCCUAACAUCACAUUUGAUUUAAUGUUAUCCGAGGAUGGCAGCGGUCGUGGUGCCGCGCUUGUAGCUGCGGUGGCUUGUCGAAAACGGCGGUGAACACAGAAUGAUCGUACUUAGCCGUGUAAAUAUUAUAGAUAAGUUUGCGUUCCUAUAGACUGCAUUUUAGGCACACAUAAAAGCCUAGCUACGAUUGUUAUCAAAGGUGUCUAAAACGAAUAACUCUUAGAUAAUGUACUAUUUUAUUGUACAUAUUGCCUUUCUUGUAAUUUUAAAUAAUGCAAUUUUUAAUUUAUUAAACUGCUAGGGCGCCUUUUUUAGUGAAAAAACUAAAGUACCUAUAUUUUGAUUCUGAGAAUUAAACUUUUUUGUAUAAAACUAUAAAUAGGAUAAAAUUAUAUGCAUCAUAGUAGUGGUUACUGUAUAUACAAAGUUUUUAUAGAAAUAUUUAGAAAUUUUAAUUAUCUAUUGAUAACGUUUUGUGGUACUGUAGAUUUUAAUUUGUGGGUAAUUUUAUUGCAGUAGCGUAGACAAUACACAAAUGUGUAUAUUUUCCUUACGUGGUGGAAUACUCUUAACCUGAUAUGUAUUUCAAAAUAGUUUAGAAUUUUUAAGAAUUUUGUUAAUGUGUACGUCACACUUUAUAGUACUUACUUCGUUCUAGAUUUCUAAUCUCUUAUUUUAUAUACUUUGUAUCGGUACUUAAUAGAAAAAUACUAUCGUCACUCA